CUUGCUGGACUCGCCGCAGCCAGCCCGGUCAGUCUUCAGGACCGUCAAACCCUGGAUGGAAAUGAACUGCGAAGUGAAUCGUGCAAACCCAUCACCUUUAUCUUUGCCCGCGGUUCGACUGAGACUGGCUACCUAGGCCUCUCCACCGGCCCAGCCUUGUGCGAUGCUCUGAAACUCGCCAAUAUCGGCCAGGUCGCUUGUCAAGGCGUGGCACCCGCAUACACAGCCGAUCUGGUAUCCAACUUGCUCCCUCAGGGCACCACCCAAGCGGCUAUCAACGAAGCCACAACACUGUUUGAACUGGCAGUGUCCAAAUGUCCCGACACCCAGAUCGUGGCGGGUGGAUACAGCCAAGGCGCAGCCGUGAUGCACGGGUCCAUCUCGAAGCUCUCUGAUAGCGUCAAAGAGAAGAUCAAGGGUGUUGUGCUUUUCGGAGAUACCCGUAACAAGCAGGACGGUGGUCGCAUUCCCAACUUCUCGACUGAUAAGACCAAAAUCUACUGUGCGUUGGGAGACUUGGUCUGCGAGGGCACUCUGGUUAUUACCGCGGCGCACUUUACCUAUGUGGCUGAUGUGCCAAAUGCUUCCAUAUUCCUGCAGUCGAAGGUUUAG